AUGGUCGCCUCGGAUCGACUCAAGAAAGUUGCCGAUUCUUUGUCCUCAAAUCCCAUCAGUGCUUCGGUGUUGCCUGAUACAAUGUCUUCUCGAGUGCAAGUGCCUGACCGGCUCCCCUGGGAUCCUUCUUGCACGCGGUUUCCGUCUCGCAAGGAGUUGCCCACGCUCACCGGCGCUCCCGAAGGCGCAGCUUGGGUGUGGGGUGAAGAUGACUCGCUUGGGAGAUUGAAUCUCCUUACUCCGGAGCGGGUGAAGGCUGCCGCGGCGGAGAUUCAGACGGGGGAAAUGGUUCGGCUUGAUCUUCCGUUGAAUGUUCCCGAGACGCCGGCUUUCGGACGGGAAGCUUUCCAGCAUAAAAUCAAGUUACUGGUCGAGGGCGUGGCGUAUGAUGAUACGUAUACUUUGAACACACAGAGCGGUACGCAAUGGGAUGGGUUCAGACAUUUCUCACAUAUCGAUUCUCAAACCUUCUACAAUGGCGUACGUUCACACCCUAACGAGACGCAGACCAAACCCUCAGACAUUGUGGGUGAGAACGCGAACCUCCGCUGCAGCAUCCACCACUGGGCUGUUCACGGUAUUGCGGGCCGUGGCAUUUUGCUCGACUAUCGCCAUUAUGCGAAAAUCCACAACAUCGACUAUGAUCCCUAUACGGCGCACCCCAUUUCCUUUGACGACCUCAAAGCCUGCGCCACGUACCAGGGCAUCGAUCUCCUCGGAGACAUCCUCAUGGUUCGCUCCGGGUUUGUAGAGCGGUAUGACCAACUGACUCCAGCGGAGCGCAAGGCGGCUGCCGAGCGCGCACACGAUGAUAUCCAAUGGGCGGGAUUGAAGCAAGAAGAGGCUGUGAAGGACUGGCUUCACGACUGCUACUUUGCCGCGGUUGCCGGAGAUUCGCCCACGUUCGAGUGCUGGCCGCCAGUUGACGGCAACUACAUGCAUCAGAGCAUUCUGGCGUUGUGGGGGAUGCCACUGGGCGAAAUGUGGGAUUUGGAGAAGUUGGCAAUUAAAUGUCGGGAACGGAAGAAGUGGACAUUCUUCAUGACGAGCGCUCCGGCUAAUGUUGCUGGUGGUGUUGGAUCCCAUGCAAACGCGACGGCUAUUCUGUAG